AUGGGCCAUCGAUUUAAUAGACCUGACUAUGAAAAAUAUGCUGAAGAGCUUAAGCGCCGUCAUCAAUCAAACGAAGAAAAAAAGCUAGAAGAUGAGUUUUUACGGACUUCUCUUAGAGCUUCGGAAAGGCUCAGGGCUCUCAAACAAUCACAACGUAUUUUAAAAGAGGCAGAAAACCGUAUAGGAGAAGAAAAUUUAGCCUUUGACGAAGAUAUUAAAUCUUAUUCAACGCCUACAUCAGUUAUUUCCGAUAUUCCUGGAUUUAUACAUUCUUUACGAAAGGCCUUAUCUCGCCAACCACCACAAGACAUACAGAAGUCUUAUAUCAACAGUGAUGAAUUUCAACCUGAUUCUAUCGAGUGGGAUUGGCUUACAAAGGGUCUCUUCUUGGCCCAUGAUGGAGUCGCUGAGGCCUGGCGACUGGAAGCUGCCGUGUUGGAGACGUGUCCUCAGGCUUUCAGACAGCUACAAGAGGAUGAAAGUGAU